AUGCAGACCGUCCCGAGUCUGGUCGGGUCCGGUACUGCCAUUGCUACUGCCACCACCGGUCUAGUCAUUGGCGAGGCAGCUGAUUCACCCGACUUCUUCUUCGCCCUCGACCCUCCUUCUUCGCAUCCGCCCUCCACCUCGGCUGCAGUCGCUGUGCCUUGCCUCGACCAUCGCAGUGCUUAUUCCUACCAGACUCUCCACCACCCGCCUUCGAGACCGAGCACAAGUCUGGCCACCCUUACCGACAACGAGCAGAACUUGCAGAACCACCAUCGUACACUCCCCCCUACCCCUCCAGUGUCCCGACCACCCCUGUCGCGCUACCAGAGGCCCAAGACGUCCCAGUUCACCACCCCUCGCCUUUCCACUAGGCGACAGUCUCUCUCCAAGUACGACGAACCUGCCGUCGGUCCCGCCGCGGCCGACGCCGUCCGCUCCUCCUUCUCCUCUACCGGUUCCUCUUGGGUCAGGAGGCUCUCUCUUCGCCCUUCGUCGCAGCACGGCAGCCCCCGAUCCAGUGUCGGCCCUGACUCCAUCGCCUUCUCCCACGGGUCUGCAGCACCCGUCCUCUCCCGUCGCCGCUCUCUCGUGCCUCCUCCGACCCCCAACAAGCUCGUCAAGCGCUCCCCCCCCACACCUGGCUACCUCCACCAUCACACCCCGACAACUGCCCGCCCGGGUACCAAGUCCAGGACUCACCUUCCAUCGCUGCGACGGCCAGCCACGAGCCACCAGAGGACCGCCACCCUCCAGAGACUCCAGGAACCCCUGUACAGCCCGAUAUCCCCGCUGUCUCCCACGUCUCCCGCCAUCCCCGCGACGCCCGCCGACCCCGACGACAGGGACUCUGCUGCUGCUGCUGCUGCUGCUGUCCCAGCUGCCCAUGGUCUUCUCCCUUCGGCUCUGGAGAAGGAUAGCCGGUCUCGGGUGAGGUCUGAGUGGACGUCAUUCUUCCACUCCAGAAUCGCUGGCGGUCAAAGCGCAAACCGGAUCGUCGACCUCGACUCGCAGAGCCAGACACGCGACCCCACGCCGAAGCGCCUCCGCCUCUUCGCGAGGCAUCCUCAGCAGAGGCCAUAUCUGGUCAAGCCGUGCAUGGUGUCCUUGGCGCCCCAAGACAGCGCCUCCGCCUCCAAUAUGAGGCAGACGUCCCAAGGAGCUGAGCCGAUACCUCCCCUGUCGUCGUCUGCCGGUAAACCCCACCAGGGUCAUCGUGCUCGUCGGUCACUCUCCAUGAGCUUGUCGUCAGCGACCGACUGGAUGGCUAGGACCUCGGGCAGCCUGCGCCGCUCGAAGCGCCGCGACUCGCACCCGACAACCCCCGGACCCACCUCCCGCCACGUCGUCUCCGACCCCCUCACCCCUAUAGCCUUCCAGCGAGACCCAGUGGGUCUCGCUGCCCCGAGGGCCGUCACCUCGCCUGAUGACUUUGCUGUUGCGCCGGUACCCAUACCCGAUGAUGGCCCCUCAUCAGCCCCCCGCCGGCAGCCCCGGAGGAAAAAAUCGUCAUCGCCCCUUCGACCGCUCUACAGUCCCUCAAACGACUACGACGAUGAACUGGUACGGCCAAAGUCGUCUGCCGGUGCCGCCGGCCUGCCCCUGCGCCAGAACCAACCCUCGGGAAGCUCGACGAGUUCUGCCGCUCUGUCGCAUCUGAGGACCCAUCGCCGCGAAAGGUCGUCUACCCUGGAUGGCUCCGAGAGCGAACUACGUUACUUCACCUCUGGCGACGAGGACACGGACUUCAAGAGUGAUACGCUGUUUGACUCACUCCGUACCGGUACUUCGGGCCGUGUACGCACCGUGGAGACGCCCCUGGACUCCAUGUACGACGAGUCACCCCCGAGCACAGCCGGCCGUGGCCGAGACAAGCGCCUCUCCAUCCAGGAUAUGCUUGGAAAGGACUGGAACCAGGAUGAUAGGAUCCUCGAGGAGGAUGACGAGAGCGCCCAGACGCCCAGACGCACCGCUGCGCUGGGUGGCGCCACCCUGUCGAUCCCGGCUGCAGAGCCUGGUCUCGGCACCGACUCGGGCAGCCGCUCGACCAAGGGCCCCCCCCGGUUCUCCAUGGACGAUGACUUCGAAGACGACUGGGGGCAGGACCAUGACGACCUUCCCAACGCCCUCUCGCCGCCCUCCAAGACCAGCAUGGUCAACCUGAGGGGCGUCAACCCCAACGUCCGCCUCUCCAUGGCCACCAGUAUCUCUAGCUUCGCGGACUCGACUCACGACCAACGCAGCGAACGUCCGCUGAGCAGUCUGUUUGACUGGAGCGAAACUCCGGCCCACGACAAGCAAGAGCACAGCGGCAGGUCCCGCCCCAAGACUGCCUACGCCAAGCAGGAGACGGACGCGAGAGGCGGCCGCUCCGUCAACCGUAAGGGCCCGGCACCCGCACACGUGCGCAGCCAGAGCGUUCCCAUCGUCAACGACGGCCCAGAGGAGUCCAAGCCGGCCGGUUCCAAGUACGGCACGUGGGGUAUAGGCGCCAAGACCAUCAGCGAGGACUGGGACGACGACUUUGAGUUUGGCGGCGGCGACGUCGACGACGACAACAAGGACGAUGACCGCCUCUUUGCCGUGCCCGAGUCCAUCCAGGCCUCGCAGCCCAGCGUCCGCGCCCACUCCGGCCAGAUCCGCGAGCUGUCGCUGCUCGUCAACGACCUGCGACGCCUGUGCCGCCACGGCCGGGACCUCGACCUGCUCCACGGACCCCAGGCGACCCUGUGGAAGGAGGCGGAGGGCAUCAUCGCGCUCGCAUCGCCCGAUGACGACUCCCUCGAGAGCGAUCGCGAGACGACGUCAUCGAUCGACCUCGAUGCCUUUGACGCCCACGACCGACUACCCGACGAUGACUUCGACUCGGCCUCGAUCGACAAGCUGGAUGCUGCCCUCGACGGCCGGGAACCGGCCAUGUCCAAGACGGCUGUGGUGCGGGACCGUCCGUCGCCGCGCCGCCGGUCCGUCUUCUCUCCCGACGACGACAUCUUUGGCGGUGGCAGCCUCCCCGCCUCGGAAUCGGGCAACGGCAGCGGCAACGGCAACGGCAACGGCAACGGCAAAUACGGGAGAAGCAGCAGCCGACCGAGCCGACCGCGGACACCGGAGUCAAGACUGAGCAAGCCGCCGCCCGACGUCAACGGCGUGGUCCGGUCCGUGGUAGAGGUGAUGCAGCAGCGGACCAUGACGGAGGCGCUGCUCGAUGGCCACAGCAACAUCGGCACGCACCACCACCAGCACAGCAACAAGAAGAUGCACUUCGACACCAGCAGCCUCCGCCUGCUGGUCAAGAGGGCAGCCGACCUGCGCGACCUGCUCUCCGAGGCUGUCAGACGGGCCGACCAGAUCACCCAGAGCCCGAUGAGGACCCCCCGACGCGAGAGGCACCCCGACUCCAGCCCGGCCUUUACCAAGGUGUUUGACGACCCGGGAUCGAGUCCGCCCCGGCAGAGGGUCAGGAGCCGUGGGAAUACCACCAUGGUGGAGGGGUCGCCGGAGAAUUCUCCUUCUUCAGGGAUGGGCAGGAGGAUGAUGAUGGUCUGA